AUGCUGGCCAGCUCCUCGUCCAGCCAGAAGGGGUUUGCCCCCUCCAGCCAGUCCUCCCAGAGCCUCAAGCAGGCCGACCAUGCGCCGACGAUCGGACGAACGAGCAUCGACCGCGAGGGCACUGGGCUGCAGAUUCCCAAUGGCGGGGCCUCGAGGAAUCUGUCAGCCUCGGCCGCGUUUGCUCCCCGAGGGAACAGCCUCGUCCCCGGCGCCGGGCCCGGCAGCUUCAGCUCCGAGCUGCGCAGCCAGAUGAUCCCCAUUCGCUCAGGCAGCCGAACCGACGCGGCGCCAGUAUACCCGAGCAGCUUUGUGGACAAGGUGGAAGACGGCGAGCUUGCAGAACAGAACCUUUCCAUGCUGCGGGACAGGCUGAACCGGGAGAUGAAGAUCAAGGAAGGGAGCGAGAACAUGCUCGAAGCUCUCAACCUGAAAAAGCCCAAGCAGACAAAGGAGCAGCGCCAAAGAGUCGAGGCCGAGCUGACGGCCAGCCAUUCGCGCAUCAAGGUCCUGAAGCAGCAGAUUACAGAUGCUCAGCGUACCAAGGUGGCACCUCCCAGCACACCCCCCAGGAACAGAACCCAGCAGGACGUUGGACUACAUCGCUCACCGCAUAGCCUUCGAUCGGGCACCGGCUCAGAGGUUGAAGAGCCUACCGAGAGCCCUACGUUUACGCUCACCGAGCUUCUACAAGCCCUGGAGGUUGGAGGAAUGACCCCCGACUACUACGUGAACCGUGCGAACCUUCUAGUCGACCUGUUCAAGAGAUAUCCUACUCUCAAGUACGAUUUGGUGUGGUCCGUGUUUGGCCUGCGGAUGCAGAUGAUGCUCCUCAGCGAAAGCAGAGAAGUCGUGGCGGCUGGUUAUCGUGCGACAAGAUAUGCAAUUUCGGAUCGAAACUCUCUUAGGAAGAUUAGAAGUUUGAAUACCGACUUUUUAGUUAUACGGUCACUAAACAACUAUCGAAAGGCCGACGUUGAACGAGAGCAGGCCCUCAAGUUUGUACGAGCUUUUCUAGACGUUAAAGACGGAGCCAAGGAAGUCUCGCGCGCUGUUGUACGGACCAUUGUCGCUGUGGCCGAGUAUGGUGAUGAUCGAUCUGGCUCAGCACAGCCUUCUGAGCAAAAUACAGAUCGCUUACGGCCCAUCUGCAUCGAAACUCUGGCGGAGAUUAUGGUUCGAGAUCCUCGCUUGCUUCUUGCAUCAGGUGGGUUGGGUCCCCUCUCUGAGGCUCUCGCCGAGGGAACCUACAAAGCCCCUGAGAGUCUGGCAUCCGCUUUUCUCUUUCUCUUAGAUACGCCGCAGAGGCGAAAAUAUGUCCAACCGGGCUACGGACUGGACGUGGUUUUUAACGCAUUCACAAGCCAACUGGUUGGAAGCGAGGCUGUACUGAAACAAAACUGCAAGGCCAUAUCUGUCGCCAUGCGAUCUUGGUCUGGCCUCAUGACGCUCUGUAUGUACGACUUUCGGUCCAUCAGAUCACUCAUUAUGAGCAUACUACUUCCGAGCCCUGUUGUACGAGAAACCAUUUUGGACCUGCUCUUUUCAUUGCUUCGCAUUAAACCACCUGCCUGGGCGGUGUCUUUCUUGGCAGGACGGAGGUUAACUACCUACGGAAGGGUGAACAACCUCAACUUGAAGACUGAAGCCAAAGACCGAGGCUAUCUAGAAGAAGAUACAGGCGAACAGAACUUUGUGGACCAUUAUACGGCACUGAUUCUGGCGGUCUUUAUAAAGUCUGGACUUAUCCAAACCCUUUUACAAGUUGCACGUUCUGAGAGCGAUACUAUGCUUAAGCGCAAGACAACGCUGUUGAUCGGCGAGGCGCUCAAGCUGGCAGCUAGACUGCUCCCUCCAUCGUGGAGUGCAGAAAUACAGCUUUUGCCGGAAUUGUUUUCGGCAGCAGCAAAAUUCAGCGAUGACCAAUCGUAUAUUGCGUCAAGUAUUGUGUACCAGAUGAGCAGCAUAAACCGUACGCUAUACCGGAGUGCGCCAGCAGACUCUUUGGCCGGUAUCUUGCCUUCAAGCGAUAGCAUGAACGACUUAGCACUCCUAGAUGGCCAACGCAAGGCAGGAUCUGCAGUGGCCUUUGACGACGCUACGUUCCGUCAGCUUCUCAUCGACACGGGCGUUCUCAACCAUUCCAACUACUCCAAAUGGAAUUGGGAGAAUAUCAUGAAAGUAAUCGACGGCCCUCUUCAGGUCGGGAAGAGGCUCGAAGAAGCCAUCAAGGCGUCAAAAUUUAUGAAGAGAAUUAUGAGUUUUUAUCGGCCGUUCAAAUAUAAGUUUGCGGAAGUCCGAAAUACGCGAAACACUCAAAAAUAUGUCAGGGCUGGAUGUGCUCUUAUGCACUCCCUGCUUCAGUCGCCGGAAGGAGUUCGAUUCUUGGCGGAUAGCAAGUUGUUGAGGCAAAUUGCGGAAUGUUUGGCCCAAUGCGAUCCGACGAGUGGACUGACCGCGCAGUAUCCCAUGUUCUCUAAGGAUAGGCUAACGGAUACCCUCUGUGCCGGCUAUUUCCCCAUGCUUGGGGUGCUAACCGGUGAUCCGAAAGGAUUGGCCAUGUUAGAGAGAUGGAAGAUGUUCAAUAUGAUGUAUCACAUCUAUGAGCUGACCCAGCGACCCGAUCUUGUCAAACUCCUCCUCUCCAGCUUUGAUUACAGUCGCCAGGGCCAUCAUCGCAUCUUGCUUUCAAAAGCGCUGACAGCAGGGACGAAGGAGAUUCGGAUACAUGCAACAAAUACGCUUCGGAAAUGCACUCUUCGAAGGUUGCCAUCUAUCAACGGCCAAGGCGAAGUCAGCGACUCGAAAUGGGCAAUUCAACUUCUAGUUACGCAACUGUAUGACCCAGAGAUUGAGGUGUGCUCAACCGCAGUCAAGAUCUUGGAGAAGGCCUGCAAUAGGAAAGCGUAUCUGGCAUAUAUUGUGGAGUGCCGUCCAGCCUUGGACCAUCUCGGCGAAAUUGGAGCUCCGCUAUUGCUUCGAUUCCUGUCGACAUCUAUUGGCUAUCACUAUUUGGAUGGUCUGGAUUACAUCAGUAAUGAAAUGGAUGACUGGUUCUUGGGAAGGAAUGAUUCCUACGUUAGCCUCAUUGAAGCUAGCUUGGCCAAGGCCUUCCUCUCAGAAACGGACGAGCAGAAUCAUCGACUUAGCAUGUUUGAUGAGCACGAAGCGGAAACAGACUUUCACGAUAGCCAUAUACCACCCCACUUCUACAGAGAACUAACAAGAACCCAAGAGGGAUGUAAGCUGCUCAGUGACAAGGGCCACUUCGAAGAGUUUGCUAGUACGAUUCGCGAUCAUGGAAUGCAAUCUGAGGACUCUGAACUCAUCACAAAGGUCAAGGGAUGCCUUUGGGCUGUUGGAAAUGUAGGAUCUAUGGAACUCGGCGCGCCGUUCUUGGAAUCCACCGACAUGGUUGAGCAGAUUAUAAAGAUUGCAACUACCCACGAAGUGAUGAGCCUGCGUGGGACGGCGUUCUUUGUUUUGGGCCUGAUUUCCCGUUCGACUCAUGGACUUGAAAUCUUAUCUGAGCAUGGCUGGGAUGCCAAUACGACAUUGAUGGGCAACUCUCUCGGUUUUUGCAUCCCGUCUGACCUGUCUAAGCUUUUUUCGCUUUCACCUUGGCAUAACGAAACAGCUGCUUCGAUUAGGUUGCCAGAGUCACAGUGCACCAUUCGGGAGCAGCCGCCUCCUAGGCCCGCCCGUCCGCCCCUAGAAUUGUCCGAAAUGCCCCCUCUGGUUAAUGACACGGCUACUAGUGAGCGGAUUCUCGAGCUUAUAGUGGAUCUCGGAAAUACGGUGCUGUAUCGAAAGGCCGUCACCGAGUUGCAGAAGAUAAAAGCGCGAAAGCCAACAGCCUUCCGAAGUGCCGAAUUUUUCAAAACGGUCAUGGGUCUUAUGGAGUGGAAUCACUACAGACUUGGUGUCCGGAGAAUGGUCAUCGACCUUUUUGAAAAGGCAGUCAUGAGACAGAUCGUUUUCGACGAAGAUGAAAGCGACAGUAGCGAGGAAGACGAGAGCAGUCCAGUGGAUGCAGACGACAGCGUUAGCUCUGGCGACGACAGGGAUGACAGAACGGAGAGACAGAGGAGUAUCAGUGAGCCUAUGGAACCUCCGCAAGAUUUGAUCCCAGCACCUCUACGACUGCGACGGUAA